GAGUAGCAAUACGACUGCUUGUCUAAAGUUCUGACGUACAUCCGGUGAAAAAUCCCGGCAUGCCCGAAGUGGCUGCGCGCGCAGCUGGACGCGGUGAGUCAGUGAGUGAGACCCGGAGCGGCAGCGGGAAACAUGGCGGAGCCAGACAGCUGGGAAAUUGAUGACUUUGUGCCUGAGGAACCAAAAGUGAAACCGGGAGUAACUGGUUUAGCUAAAGACCGUUGGGAGGGAGAAGAUGAAGAGGAGGAGGUGAAGGAUAACUGGGAUGAUGAAGAGGAGGUAGAAAAUGCAAAUAAACAGGAGCCUCAAAAGUUAGAACAAAAAGUUACAGAAAAGAAGAAAUUGAAUGAAAAAAUAAAAGAAAAAGAAAAGCAACAAAAAAAAAGACAAGAGGAACUGAAAAAGAGGUUAGAGGUGUCUGAGGAAACCCCUGAGUUAAGUGCAGAGGAGCAGCUAGCAGAAAAACUCCGGCUGAAGAAGUUGCAGGAAGAUGCAGAUCUUGAGCUAGCAAAGGAAGCUUUUGGGGUCCCUGUUACCGGAAUUGAUGUUAUUAAUCCGUCCUCACGAGAUGACUUUGUGGAGUUUGGGAAACUGCUGAAAGAAAAAAUCACACAGUAUGAAAAGUCACUGUAUUACCCCAGUUUCCUGGAAGCACUUGUCCGGGAUGUGUGCAUCUCAUUGGAAAUUGAUGACCUAAAGAAGAUCACCAAUUCUUUGACUGUUUUAUGCAGUGAGAAACAGAAACAAGAAAAACAAAGCAAGGCCAAGAAAAAGAAGAAAGGUGUUGUGCCUGGAGGAGGUCUGAAGGCAACCAUGAAGGAUGAUUUACUAGAUUAUGGGGGCCUAGAUGAAGGAUAUGUACGAGAGUUUGAGGAUUUCAUGUGAUGCUCUCCUGAUUGUUGUGGCCCUCAUCACAGAGUGUCAUCUCCCCAAUCAGGACUCUGCCAAAUGCUACAGUCAAAGAUUUCAUCCUCCCUUUACCCUGUCACAUGUGCCUGACAUGAGGUCAGAGUCUGUGAAUCUGGGUACUCCUACUCUCCUCACUCCCUAAAGUCUUGCCCCAUGCAUUAUAGCCUAAUUUCCAGGCCUGUUCUCAAUGCCACUUUGCUUGUGAUAUGAUACUGUUGAGUGUCUCUCAAGCAGGGGGGUACGCUUCUCUCCCAGCCCACUACAUAAUUUUACUUCUCUAGUUAAUGCUGGUUUCUUGGUUGAAGCCAUUGCUUCUGGUACUUUUAUCUCAUCCUACCUGUUGGGCCACUUUGUUUCCUCCGGCCUCAUCUGAUUUUAUAUCAUGGUUUCUUAGCCUUGCAAUUCAACUUAACAAUUUGAACAUUAAAAAUAAACAAGACCUCAAAUGAACUGCAAUUACUUCUGCUGUGCAAUUAUGAACAUUCAGAAGAAAUACAGCAGGUAUCACUAAUGCCUCAGACCCUGGCUGCUCCAUCCAGUGAUACUUGGCAAGAGACGGGAGCUGCCAGCUUGAAGCCUGUGUGUCACUUGACCUCAUGAUUCAUAAUGGUUUUGAGUUUUUUGUUCUGGUGGCUUGGUAUUUAUUUAGUGAGGAUUGGUGUUUCAGGAAUGGUUAGGUGCUUUCAAAAGCAAUUUGAGGUGCAACGUUUGACUCUUUACCUUCCCUUCUGCUUAUUCACAGGAUGUCGCUUUGCAAGCAGGUCCUUCCGUGGAGAAUUGUUAUAUUAACAAUGAGACUGCAAUGUUUUAUAAGAUAACUAAUUUAAUAAACUCAUUCUUGUGAAA